UGCAGAAGAAAUCAGCAGCUCACAAUAACCCCCAACUAGUAGUGGAUAGGUCCACCAAGCUACCUGAUGAUCUGCUGCUCAACAUCCUUGACCGUCUCAACACCCCCGAUGCUGUCAGAACCUGCCUCCUUUCCAAGAGGACGAUCCACCUCCGCCACAUGCUCUCGCGAUUCCAAAUUAGCGUUGAUUCCUUCGUGCCCGACUGCGGUUAUGCCACCUUGAAGGAUACAAUCCCGAUGAACGCUGCUGUCGCCGAUGCAACAGACAACAUUCUCAAUUUCAGAAGACAGGAUAUCCCCCUUCGCCAUCUCAGCGUUUGUUUCUACUUGAAAUACUAUGAUUGUCUCACCAUUGGCAAAGCUGUCGCCCGAGCCAUGGCCACCAACAACCUCCUCGACAGCGUCGAGUUCAUUAUUCUGCCAGAGAAGAAGCCGGAACAUUACUCUACUUAUGAUCUCCGCCACAAUGGGAAGCAACUCAUGAGAUUUUUCGGUGCCUGUACCGAUGCAUUCGCUGGCCUUACGCGUCUCUACCUACGCAACUUGAAGCUUGGUGAAACUGACAUUCCGAAUAUCAUCGCCACAUGCAAACUGUUAGAGUAUCUCCGUUUGUCAUUCUGUGAAACAGAGGAUAGCGUGUUGCAGCUACAGGUGGAGCACCCACGACUUGUUGAGCUUGAUAUCUAUCAUGCAAGUUUAGAAUUAGUCGAGCUCAACUACUUACCAAACCUCAAACAUCUGGAUUUUAGUUUGUGGGUCUGUCCCCAUGAACCUUUGUCUUUUGGCAAUGUCCCGCUGCUUUCAAGCCUAAGCCUCACUAAUGUAGCCAUGAGAUAUCAGGAGGUUAUCAGGUUAAGUCACUUCCUUGCUAAUGUCCCCAACAUAAGCGACCUGUACCUCAACUUCGGAAGUGAAAAGAUUUGGGUUCAGCCAGAGUGCCCGAAACUGUUGGCGCCUGUUCUUCGGAAUCUGCAAGUUCUGAAUCUGGAUGAACUCCCAGAAGAAUGUGAUAUUUCUUGGACAUGCUUCUUUCUCGAGGCAGCACCCUCCCUGAAGGAGAUGCGCGUCACGGUUUGGGACCAUUGGUGUGGGAUGCAGACCGACAAGGUGGAACGGGAAGAACAGGGUUACUCUGAAAAAGCAAACGUGGAGUGGGAGUCAUCUGCACCUGAUGGUUUCAGGCAUUACAACCUGACUAAACUCACAAUCUAUGGUUUCCAACCAAAUGACAACUUCCUUGGAUACAUCAGGCACAUCAUGGAAGCUGCUGUUAACCUAGAGGAUGUAUCCCUGUACGACAGGAAGUUGCUCGAGUGCUGCGAAGACUUGGAUCCCAAGAUCAAGGUUGCUCCGUCAUGGUAUCCGCAGACCAUCGAGGAGCAGGAGCUGCUGAGGAAGCAAAUUACAGAGGGAUUGGUGAUGGUGUCGCCUCAUGUAAUUCACUUCCGGUCUUAAUUUUACUCGGUGCAAAGCAAAACUGUGAUUCGCUGUGUGGUAAUAAUAUAUGCUGAAUGUUCUGAAUAUUUCGGUUCCUUUUCUUCUUUGUGAUGUAAUACUCUAGUUUCAAACGCUUCAAGGCAUGCUGACUGUUACGAAAAUGCUGGUUCCUUUUUUUUAUGUGAUUAACCAUGUUUUAAUCUCUUGUUUCAUCUCCAACUGGAACUUUUAGUUCCAGAUUAUAAGCCUGGACAUAUAUUUAUGCAAUCUGAAUAUUCUGCUCUCAAACGUCAACUUCUCUUCUGCACUGCAAUUUUGCUUCAAAACACGCGCCUAGUCAUCUAAGCUGUUGAAAAUCUAUUCUGUUGAGACGGGCAGAUUUUUUUCUCACUGGCAAACUUUGGUCAAUAUGACCAUUAGCCUCUUGUCAAUGCCGUAUUUACACGCUGAAAGACAAAAGCACUUACAUGCCUAGCAGUAAAUAGAUGGACACAUAUAAUUACCACAAAUGAAAAUCAUCGUUUAUCAACAUCGACAUACAAUAUGUCCGUUUGUGAACACCAGAGUCAUACACAAAAGGAGCUACAUGAAUUCAUCGUGUCUUUAUUUUGUUGUAGUUCAUCUGCCCGAUCGUCCCUCUCAUUAUUCACACAAAAAUGGAGUUUACAAUAAUAGGCAUAAAUUGAGCAGUUUCAAAGGGUAAA